AUGCCAGCAGCGCAUUCCAAAUGGGUACCACUUAAGCGAACGCAGACAAAAGAUCCUGUCAUGUUUACGAGUCGCAAUUCUCGACGUAAGGUGCCAGCAGCGCAUUCCAAAUGGGUACCACUUAAGCGAACGCAAAGUACCGGAAGAGCGGAAUAUCCAACAACAGUUCCACAGCAACACGUUGAACAACAACAAAAACAACAACAGCAGCAGCAACAGCAACAGCCAACGGAUUAUUCACAGAAAUAUGUUGAGCCCCUCCGGGUUACCGUAAGGAACGAUAAUGCAAGCAGUUUGCCAGCCUGGAUGAUCGAACAGCAACAGCAGAAUGCGGCAACAAGCAGCAGCAGGAUUUCCCCAUCAAUGGAUCAUUCACCGUGUACCGGAUUUGUCGAGAUCCUGCAUCGUCUUCGAAUGAAAGUGGAAGCAAGUAAAAUGGCAAAAGAGAAUUUGGUGGAUAACUAC